AUGCAGCAAAGCGGGCCUCCAGCUCGUCCCCACGCAAACCCUCCAAUCGAUCGACGGCUUCGCGUGGAGCUACAUUCCCGACAAAUUCGCGACGAUCUCUGCGAGCUUCGUGCACAUCCACGUCGCUCCUCCGCUCUGCCUCGAUCCGUAGGACCUCCAGGGAGCCGACCAUCCCGUCUGGAUCAGCGGCGAGUCCACGCCCAACACGCUCUUCGGCGGCUAUCUGCUGGGCGUCGGGCUGACGCCCACCGAGGCGGAGAUGCGCUCCACGCACCUCCAUUCCCAGCAGAUCCAGUUCUUCGCGUGGGACGUGCUCCCCGCGGAGGGCAAUGCCGAGCAGACCGAGGACGCGUCGGCCGCGACGGAGUGGCGGCGCCACGAGCAUCUGAAGAACGCCACGGGGCGGCUGCCGCUGCCGAACAGCGUGCUGCUGCUGCGCGAGAACGGGCUGCUGCUGCUGAGCUACCACGACAAAACCGCGAUGUACGCGCGUUCUCUCUCCCGUUGAGCCGCAGCUAUCGCAUCGAGUCCUCCGUGGAGCUGCUCACCAUCACCAACCACCCCGUGCAGUCGGCGCUCCCCGCGGUGAACGCGGUCUUCCUCGCCACUCCCGAAGCGCUGCUGCUGCUGCUGCUGAACGGGCGGUCGGUGACGACCUACACGCUGGGCCACCACACCUCGCUGGCCACGAACCCCGCGCUGCUGGCCACGGUCUACUCCAACCAGACCGUCCUCACCACCAAGCAGAACGCGCUGCUGCCGCCCGUCCAGCUGCUCCCGGCCUCGCCGCUCUCCCUCCUCGCCAUCUUCAAGGGCCAUCUCCUCCUCGCCACGCCCUCCGCCGAGCUCGUCGCCUUCCCGCUCUCUCACCCCGCGCUGCGCUUCGUCAUGCUCAUGGCCUCCGACCAGGUCGACACGGCGCUUCGCUGGUCCCAGCUGCUCCGCCCCGACCAGCACGACGCCGCCGCCUACGUCCUCCAGUCCUGGGGCCACAUCGAGAAGUGCCUCGAGCUCUCCGGGCUCUCGCCCUCUCUGCGUCUCAGCUUCCAGCUGUCCCGCGGGGACGUGUCUUCUAUCGUGAAGAUCGUGAAGAAGGGCGAUCUGAGCGUGCUGGACGAGGCCGACAACGUGGACGUCGACUAUCGUCUCACGCCCGUGGACCAGCUGCCCGGCGUGCGGCGCGCCGCCAUCCUGCUGGCGAAGCGCGGCAAGAAGGAGGAGCUGACCAAGCUGUUCAAGCUCUGCCAGAAGAACGAUCGAACCAGCGACGCGGAGUUCGUCGCGAUGUUCCUCUACAAGGACGACCCCGCCAUGCUGCUCCAGGCGCUCAAGAAGGGAAGCAAGUACCACGAUGCCGCGCUGCUGAGCAAGCUGAACGCGAAGCUGCACAAGGAACUGCCCGAGCUGGUGAAGGCGUGGAACCAGCAGCUGAAGAGCGAGGCGAAGACGACGUCGUAUCUCACCGGCGUGGAAAUGGUGCUCGAGGAGGGCGCCAAGCGCGUGGCCAAGAAGACGAAGACCGCCGCCAAGACCGCAGGGAAGGGAAAGGCGGCCGGAAAGGGCAAGGAGGAAGGACGGAGACGCAGAAGACGUGGGUGA